AUGAUGCUUGACAAGGCAGGAAUAAUUGAAGAUUCUCCCGACUUGAUUACAAUGAAUGUAUGUGCUGAUUGUUUUACUGCUUUAUCGAAGGAGAAUUGUGUUCCCCGUUUUGCGCUCACGAACAACUUGUAUCAUGGCAAACUUCCGAAAUACUUCGAGGACCUUACUUGGGUCAAGGAGAAAAUUUGUGCAAUAUACAGUACCAUGGCUCAUGUCACACGUUUAUUCCAGUCGUCUGAUCUGCUGCAGCUGAAGGUCUUUCAUGGUAAUAUUUGUGCUCAUGAUAUGAAUGUUGUGUCAACUGCUUCGGUGUUGCCUCGGACUCCUGCAGACAAUAAAAUCUGGACGUUUCUUGUUUGGUUGAAACAUCAUAAUCGUCUGUAUUCUGAUAUCCCACUCGAACCGGGCAAUCUGAACCUUUAUCCUGCCGAUGACAUGUUGCCUGGAUUAUCUGAUCAAAGCAGGCAUGUCUGA